AUGCCCGGAUCUCGACGUGGUCUAGUUGCACCACAAAAUACAUUUCUUGAAUCAAUCAUCCGCAAAUGCAGUGGUGCCCACAAUGCAUUUAUUUUAUCAAAUGCACAAAUAGUCGAUUAUCCAAUUGUUUAUUCAAAUGAUGGCUUUACAAAAUUAUCAGGUUGUUUAAGAACAGAUUUAAUGAAUAAAAGUUCAACAUGUAAUUUUAUGUAUGGUGAAUUAACCAAUGCUGAAACACAAACAAAAAUACGUGAUGCAUUGGAAAAUUGUCAUAUUGAACAAGUUGAAGUACUUUUAUAUAAGAAAAAUAAAACACCUAUAUGGGUUUUUAUGCAAAUAGCUCCAAUUACAAAUGAACGUGAUACUGUGGUACUUUAUCUAUGUACAUUUACAGAUAUUACAGCACUUAAACAACCAAUUGAAACUGAUGAGACUAAAACUGGAUUUAGUAAAUUUGCAAGAAUUGCAAAAUCGGUAACAAGAAAUCGAUCGAUUUUAAUGAAUUUUGCUGCACCAAAUACCAAAUCGAUUAGUAUUGAUCCAACAAAACCAUCACAAUUACCAAAUUUACUCAAUCUUAGUGCUGAAGUCUUACCAAGUUAUCGACAAGAAGCACCAAGUACUCCACCUCAUAUAAUUCUUCAUUAUUGUACAUUUAAAACAGUUUGGGAUUGGGUGAUACUUUUAUUAACAUUUUAUACAUCAUUAUUAGUACCGUAUCAUGCAGCAUUUAAAAGUAAAUCAUUGGAUGAUGUGCCUUUACUUGUUAUCGAUAGUAUUGUUGAUGUUAUUUUCUUUAUUGAUAUAAUAUUAAAUUUUCAUACAACAUAUGUACACACAAAAUCUGGAGAAGUUAUAUCAGAUCCAAAACGUAUUAGAAAAACAUAUUUAAAAAGUUGGUUUGUUAUUGAUUUAUUAGCAUGUUUACCAUACGAUGUAUUUAAUGCAUUUCAAGAAGCUGAAGAACGAUAUGGAAGUAUAUUUUCUGCAUUGAAAGUUUUACGUUUAUUACGUCUUGGUCGUGUAUUUAGAAAAUUAGAUAAUUAUUUAGAAUAUGGUGCGGCUGUUCUUUUAUUACUUAUUUGUGUUUUUGUACUUGUUGCUCAUUGGUUUGCUUGUGUAUGGUAUACAAUUGGAUUUCAGGAAGGACGAGGUGGUCCAGGAAAACGGAUGGAAUAUAGUUGGCUAGUAAAAAUGGAUAGAGAAUUACAAUUUGCAUGUAUUGAUUCCUAUGGUAAUCUAACAGCAUAUGAAUCGAAUGGUACAUGUCGAAAAGCAGCAUAUGUAACAGCCCUUUACUAUACAAUGAGUUCAUUGACUAGUAUUGGUUUUGGUAAUGUUGCUGCAAAUAGUGAUAAUGAGAAAAUUUUUACAUGUGUUAUGAUGCUUAUUGGUUCAUUACUUUAUGCAACUAUAUUUGGUAAUGUAACCACAAUAUUUACACAAAUGUAUUCAGCUACUGCUCGUUAUCAUGAUAUGUUAAGUAGUAUUCGAGAAUUUAUGCGUUUGCAUGGUAUGCCUAAUCAAUUAAAUGAACGUAUUAUGGAUUAUGUUGUAUCAACAUGGGCUAUGACAAAAGGAAUUGAUGCAACAAAAGUAUUAAAUUAUUGUCCAAAAGAUAUGCGUGCUGAUAUUUGUGUUCAUAUGAAUCGAAGUGUAUUUAAUGAACAUCCAGCAUUUCGUUUAGCUAGUGAUGGUUGUUUACGUGCAUUAGCUGUUCAUUUUCAUAUAAAUCAUUCUGCACCUGGUGAUAUGCUAUAUCAUUGUGGUGAAAGUCUUGAUAUGCUCUGUUUUAUUGUAUCUGGUUCAUUAGAAGUUAUACAAGAUGAUGAAGUUUUAGCAAUACUUAGUCCUAAUGAUGUAUUUGGUGAUGAUUUUUGGAGUAAAAAUCGUGAUAGUGUUGGUCAAUCAGCAGCUAAUGUUCGUGCAUUAACAUAUUGUAAUAUACAUCAAAUUCGACGUGAACGUUUACUCGAAGUAUUAGAUUUUUAUCAUCCAUUUAGUAUAUCAUUUGCUCGAAAUAUGGUGCUGACAUAUAAUCUAAGACAUCGAGUAAUUUUUCGUAAAAUUGCUGAUGUUAAACGUGAACGUGAAUUAGCUGAAAUAAGAAAAAAUGAAGGUUUAGAUCAAUUAGGUUCUGAUCAUCCAGUAAGAAAAUUAAUAUCAAAAUUUCGUAAAAUUUCACAAGAAAAUCGUGCUGCAACACAAACAAAUCCAGCUACACAAACACCUCCACAAACAACAGGUAAUUCACCAGCACAACCAACAAAACCGCCACUAAUAAUGCAAGCAGCAGUACAAUCACUAACUACUGAUUCAACUGAUUCGUCACCAACAGUACCAAUCAAUUUAUCCUUAGCUCAACAUUUACAGUUACCUUUACCAUUAAUUGCUAAAACUCGAGAUAAUAAACUUGAAACAAUUUCUGAACGUAUUGAAACUCAAGAAUCACAAGUAUCUCAAAUAACAUCAGUUCAUCAAAGUCCACCAUUACAAAGUGCACCGAAAUCUAGUAAAUGGAAAUGGUUAAAAACAGGAUCAAAUGGAACAGAAGUAGAUUCAUCACCGAAAAAAACUGUUCCUGAUAAUAAACCAUUACAACAAUCAACCAAUCCAUUUGAUUCAAAUCUAACUGAUGAUGAUAUACGAGGACAAACAAUAGAUGGAAAUGAAAAUCGACUAUCUAUUCCACUCAGUUUAUUUAUACCAAGAUCAGCACAUCGUGAUAGUAUAAAAAUAUUAGACGAGGGAUCAAAUAAUCAAAAACAAUUGGAUGAUUCUCAUUCUGAUAUCAAUGCAGCAUUUGGACCACGUCGUAGUAUAUCAUCAUCUCCAUAUAGUGAUCAUCACUUAUUAUCAUCAUUAAUUGAAAUAAAAAAUGAUUUAAGUGCUGAAGUACGAGUAUUAACUCGACGUAUGACACAUAUUGACGAACAAAUUAGUCAGAUUUUUAAUAUUCUUUCACCACUUCAUUCAUCCGUAGUAAGUAAUCCUGCACCAGCAAUAUCAAAUAUAACUCAAUCGUCAUCACCACAACCACUACUAUCGCGAAUUUCUUCUCAAUCUUCUCCAAUUCGACCAUCAGUAUUAUUACUAACUACUACGACUUCUUCUGCUACUAACUAUACUGAUGCCAAAAGUUCACCAGUUUUUGAAGCGCCAUCAUUCUAUUCAGAUAUAAGUGCCAAAACACAAUUCUUUGAUGCCAAUCAAUCUUCAUCAAGCAUAAGUGAUAUACAAGAUGUUUCUCUAAAAUCAAAAACGAAUGAUCAAUCGCUAACAAAACAAACUAGCGAUACUGAUUCAAUUGUUUUAUCUAUUCCACCACCACCAUCUAUUAUCAAUCGUUCAGCUAAUGCACCAUUUAUUAGUUUAGGUAUAUCGGCAACACCUCGUGGAUCAGUAUCAAAUAAAAUAGCUCCGGCAGCAAUAUCAUCAUCAUCAUUAUCAUCGGUUGAUGCUAAACAAACAUUCAGUGCUAGUUUUCGACCAAUUUCGAAUACACGUUACAAUCCAGGUCGUUCUCCUAAACUAAAAACUCGUUCACAACAAAGUCGAUCUACUAUGAAGCAUCAACAACAACAACCUGUGCAAUCAACAAUUGUUGAACUUGAACCACCUAUACAAAAAGAUACAACAGAUAAGAGCGUACCUCUUCUAUCGAUGUCUUCAUCGACAACAGCAACAACAACAAAAUCGGGUAGUUAUGGAUUUCGUCGUUUCAUGUUAGGUGGUAGUAGUACAGACAAAGCAACAACAUCAUCAUCGACACUUCUCUACCCACCUACCAGUGAUGAUGAUCAUCCCAUGAGUCCUAAUAGUUCAGGCAAUGAUGAUGAUGAUUAUCGACCAUUAACAUCAUCAUCAAAUAGACAUCAUCGUCAUACGCCUCUCUGA